AUGGACCCAUCUUCGGGGCCUCCUCGGCCGCCUGCUGCUGAUGCUGAGCACGAGCAUCAACUCAAGCAUGACGCCGAGCCUGAGCUUGGCCUUGAGCACGCGGCUCCUGUCGCAACCCAUCUGGCUCGGUUCGAGUUUAGCGAUCACGGCACCAAGAUCUUGAUGGUCGAGUGGUAUCCUGGCGCCGCAGCAGCCCCCACCCUGUCCGGUCAAGAUACGACGAAUGCUAGCGUCGACGUCGCCUCCAGCGAUAAGGUCGGGCCUCAAUCUCAUGAUAGCCAUGCCGGCGAUGCAUUAGCCGCGCCAGCCCGCGUUCCCUCGAGCCCUGUUGUCGACGCCGCUGUCUGGGAGGUGUCGUGGACCGGCAAGUCGACCUUCCUGCCGGCCAGAGACACCGAUGAGGACGAUGCCAGGCGCCGAGUGUACUUCAUGCUGCCUCCUGACGCGCCGGUGCCAGCCACGGUGACGAUUGCGCGUCCUGGACGGCCUAGCCUGAUCCUCAAGCCGCUGCCGGCCAUCUUCCCUGAGCACUUCCAAGCGGAAUCUGGGCCACGGGGCGUCCUACACACGAUAUGGGCCAAGAAGCGCCUGAGGGAGCUGGAGCUCGAGAUGGAGGCCGAGAUGAGGGCAAACGCUGAGAGUGUGGGCCUGGAGAUGGCUCUGGCAGAGAAGCAGUGGAUCGUGGACAACUUCUUACGUGCUGCCCCGUCUCCCGUUCCUACUACCACCAUGACUCCCCGCUCUCCAGUCACUGGACGCCUUGGUGACAAGCUCAAGGGCUUGCGUCUGGCCACUUCGCCGGCAGAUCUGGUGCCGAGCCCAGCAGGUAAGCCCCAGAAAAGCAUCUCAUACAUAUGCCUAUCUCAUGCGGUUUGUGCUCGUGAUCUCGGACUAAUACAAAGUUCUCCCGAAACAGCAAACACAUUUACCAGCCCCGAGAGCCAGUCCCACAUGCUGUCCCCUCUAGGAGGUGACAUUGCCGUCUCAUCCUUCUCGGCCAUUUCGCGCAGCCGCCCAACCGGCCCGAUGUCCCUUGAUGCUGCCCUUCGAGGCAACGCAGCUCCUCCACAGCAGCCUGAUGGCCAAGAUGCCGAGGAUGAUCUGUUUGCCCUGCCCAUGAGCCCUCGAAGCCCAGACAUGAUCAAGAGCCCGUUUAGUGCCUUGGGUGUGGGCCUGGGCCUUUGA